AAACUCGAUCGCCCUGCAAGAGUACACGGAGGCAAGCCGGUACAUAAGCCCGUGCAGGUAGCACCCUUCAUCUCACCAUCUCUAAACGAAUCACCACACAGAGGAGGGAACACCGAGAGAGUUCAUCCUCGUCUCCCUCCGCGACGUGCCAUGGCCAUGGCUCGCUCCCUCGCGCACCUCUUCUUCCUCCUCCUCCUCGUCUCCACCGCGCCCGCCGUGCGGACCAUCCCUGACGCCGCUGACAACCUCCAGGAGGCGUGCAACAAGACGCUGUUCCCCAAGGUCUGCAUCAAUAUGCUGAGGGACAACCCGGAGAGCCGCACGGCGAGCCCACGCCGUCUGGCCGAGCUGUCCGUGUACAAGGCGGCCGAGGUGGGCACGACCGUGGCUGCGUUCGCGCACCACGAGCUCAACGGCCUCAAGGAUGACGCCCUGUUCAAGUGCCUCGACAGCUGCUCGGAGGACAUUGAGGAGGCCGUGGCGCACCUCAGCGCGCUCACCCGGGAGCUCACGGACGCCAAGUUCCUCGAGGUCAAGUCCUGGCUCUCGUCCACGCUCGGCGGUACCUCCACCUGUGAGGAGGCCUGCAAGGACGCGCCCAUCGGCGACGUUAAGAACGACGCCAUCACCAAGAGCAUGGAGGUCGAGGAGCUGCUACGCGUCACGCUGGACCUCAUCACUGAGGCGUCCGGAUCCAUGUCCGCCGAGGUCGCCCUGCCGCCGUCGGCGUUGGGCGCCAGCGCGCCGUCCGGAGGCUACGGCUCGUCCGCAGACUCCCCGGCUUAUGGCGCGCCGUCCGCCGACGGGCCGGCAUAUGGCGCCAGCGGGCCGGGUGCUGAUGUUCCCGCGCCGUCAUAUGGGACCUCCGGUUCGCCGGCACCGUCCCCGGACGCCAGUGCUUCCGAGGCCGACGUGACAGCAUGA